AUGCAGCAGUACGUAGUAUUUCCGAUUAUGCAGUUCAAAGUGGAGACUGAAUUGGCCACUGUGGUCCAAGGCAGCGUCCUGCUGUGCCGGGACCGCGCUGCCCACGCGCUUGUUGUCGUUAAACGUGUGGUGGCCACCCGCGACUCGAUGGCUGAGGCUCGGUUGCAUCUUCGCCUACCUCGACAUCGCCACGUCCUUCGCAUGCGUCGGAGCUUCCACGUCGAUAACAUGCUACACAUGGUCCUGGACUACUGUCCAAACGGCGACCUCUUUGCAGAGUUGAGGCGACACACUCGGCUGCCGUCGUCCACGGCACUGCAGUACAUGACCCAAAUCGCUAGCGCUGUCCUACACUUGCACACACAACGCGUGGCCCACCGCGACUUGACCCUUGAAAACAUCCUCUUGGAUGCGAACGGGGCUUGCCAAGUCUGCGACUUUGGGCUCGCUGUGGUAUUACCAGUGACAUGCAACGAACCGGUAGGAAAGGUGCCGUACAUGGCGCCAGAAGUCUACGCUGGCGACGACUACGACCCGUGCAAAGCAGACGUGUGGGCCCUCGGGGUCAUGCUGUUCAUGCUGGUCACGGGGGUGCCGCCUAUUCAACGGCCGUGCCGCACCGACAAGCGGUUUGUCAUGCUUGAAGCGUACGGCGUGCAUUCGCUCGUGAACUUGUGGCACAUGGACGCGCUGUUCUCGGAGUCGACGAUGGAGCUGAUCGAAAUGAUGCUGGAAGUGGACCCACUCCAACGGCUGUCCAUGAAGGAAGUCACGACGUCGCUUCGCAUCGAGCUCAAAGCAUGCAAACCGUCGUGUAUGUGGGACGAAUUGUGGCAAAUGUUGCUGAACUGGGGCGCGGCAGCCACGGCGAGGCGCUGCUGGUCCGGCACAAACAAACGACUUGGUUGUGGCCAAGUCGCUGCUCUUUCGUCGGGACCAGACCGCCACUUGGACGAGGCGCACUUAUUACAAUCCUUGGAUCACUUCAACAUUAUCCGAUACGUGCAGUGCUUGCACGACAAGGACGCGGUGUGGUUGCUCAUGGAGUACGCUGAUGGUGGCGACCUCGGAGCGUUCAUUUCGGACCAAAAAGACAAAGGGGAGCCGGUGCCGGAAGCCGAAGUCAUGCGCUUGCUCAUCCAGCUGUGCUUGGCCGUCGAGUACGUUCACAGCAGACAUAUCCUCCAUCGACAUCAAACCACAAUGAUUCCAACAAAUGUCUUUCUUUCCCGCGACGGCAUUGUCAAAUUGGGGGAUUUUGGGAUUGCACGCACCCUGGAUCAUACGUUGGAUGCCGCGCAAACUCAAAUUGGCACUCCGUUGUACAUGUCCCCUGAAAUAUGCAACGGAGAAGACUACAAUACGAAGAGCGACAUUUGGAGCUUAGGAUGCGUCUUGUACGAACUCGUAGCCCUCACAUCUCCGUUUCAAGCGAGGACGAUGCCGCUUGUGACUUGCAACGGACCGUUGGUGCGGCAAUUGCUUUCGAAAUCUCCUAUGGACCGGCCGUCGGCGACAGACAUCAUCUCCGAUGCGUUUGUAAAUUCGUACAUCAUGCGAAUCGUCAGCGACGUACCCAGAAAUCCAACGCUCCCUCGACGUCUCCCGAGUGUAUUUCAACCAGUAGACACUCUACCCAAUGCUACUCCAUCUUCCAAGAAAUCCUUGUAUGAUUACUUACCUGCUUAUCACCCCCCACCCCCAGCUGCGCCGCCCCAACAUAUCAACCACCCCAGCCCAUCGUCGCUGGCAGACAUUGCCCGCCAGAAGUUCCUGGACAACCAACGAGCGGGUCGUGCCUAUAAAGAUCGAAUGGAUGCGCUCAAUAUGCGCCAUGCCGCCCCUCCCUUCCAUGACGCCCCCUCGCCUCCUUCGUCUUCGAUCCUCCGAGAAACUCCCGUUCUCUUGAGCUACGAAGAACUCAAGUCCCCAUCGUUCUGA